GGGAGGGAGGAGGGAGAUAGACAUACAGGGAGAGAGACCUAGAGAUACUGAAGACACAGUCAGAGCUGGGAGAGGAACUGAGAACCGGACUCCAGCGCUCAGAGAGCUACUCAAGAUCUUUUGGGGGAGCUCAAUAAAUGUGAAUAUGAGGUCUAUCACCGGAGCUGUCCUCAAGACGCUACUUCUGUUAUCUACUCAAAAUUGGAACAAAGUGGAAGCUGGCAAUUCCUAUGACUGUGAUGAUCCUCUUGUAUCCGCUUUGCCUCAGGCGUCCUUCAGCAGUUCUUCUGAGCUCUCCAGCAGUCACGGUCCUGGCUUUGCCAGGCUGAAUAGAAGAGAUGGAGCUGGUGGUUGGUCUCCAUUUGUGUCAAAUAAAUACCAGUGGUUGCAGACUGACCUUGGAGAGAGAAUGGAGAUCACCUCUGUGGCCACUCAAGGAGGAUAUGGAAGCUCCAACUGGGUGACCAGCUAUCUCCUGAUGUUCAGCGACAGUGGCAGGAACUGGAAACAGUAUCGACAAGAAGACAGCAUCUGGGGUUUUUCAGGGAAUGUAAAUGCAGACAGUGUAGUAUACUAUCGGCUCCAGCCUUCUAUCAAAGCCAGAUUUCUACGCUUCAUCCCCCUAGAAUGGAACCCCAAGGGCAGAAUUGGAAUGCGAAUCGAGGUGUUUGGAUGUGCAUACCGAUCAGAGGUGAUUGAUCUUGAUGGAAAAAGUUCCCUUCUGUACAGAUUUGAUCAAAAAUCCCUGAGCCCAGUAAAAGAUAUUAUUUCCUUGAAGUUUAAAACCAUGCAGAGUGAUGGGAUUCUACUCCACAGAGCAGGUCCAAGUGGUGAUCAUAUCACGCUGGAAUUAAAAAGAGGAAAACUCUUUCUACUUAUUAAUUCAGGUGCAGCUAAACUGCUCUCCACUCACCCUCUGGUCAAUCUCACCCUGGGCAGCCUGCUGGAUGAUCAGCACUGGCAUUCUGUGCUCAUCCAGCAUUUGGGCAAGCAGGUCAACUUCACAGUGGACGAGCACAGGCAUCAUUUCCAUACCCAGGGAGAAUUCAGUUACCUGGAUCUCGAUUAUGAGAUCAGCUUUGGAGGGAUUUCAGCACCUUCAAAAUCGGUGUCAUUCUCACAUAACAAUUUCCAUGGAUGUUUAGAAAAUCUCUAUUAUAACGGAGUGGAUAUCAUUGAUUUGGCCAAGAAACAAAAACCACAGAUCAUCAUUAUGGGAAAUGUGUCAUUUUCUUGUUCACAACCACAGUCUGUGCCUCUUACUUUCCUGAGCUCCAGAAGUUACUUAGCACUGUCAACCUUUGCCAGAGACGAUGAGAUUUCGGUUAGUUUUCAAUUUCGCACCUGGAAUAAGGCAGGACUUCUGCUUUUCAGUGAACUACAGCUCGUUUCUGGGGGUCUGCUCCUCUUGCUCAGUGAUGGAAGACUUAAGCUGAAUCUCCAUCCACCAGGAAAAUUACCCAGUGACAUCACAGCAGGUGUGGGAUUGAAUGAUGGACAGUGGCAUUCCAUUGCCUUAUACGCAAAAAAGAAUCACCUGAGUCUGAUGGUGGAUGGCCAUGUGACCUCUGCUUCUCCUCUGCCGGGGACCGAGAUUUAUUCAGGUGGCACUUAUUAUUUUGGAGGUUGCCCUGAAAAUAGCUUUGCAUCAAAGUGCAAAAGCCCACUUGGAAGAUUCCAGGGAUGCAUGAGACUUAUUUCCAUCAGUAAAGAAGUGGUAGAUCUGAUUUCAGUUCAGCAAGGGUCGCUUGGGAACUUCAGUGACCUUCAGAUAGACUCUUGUGGCAUCUCAGAUAGGUGUUUGCCUAACUAUUGUGAGCACGGAGGUGAAUGCUCUCAGUCCUGGAGCACCUUUCAUUGUAACUGCACCAACACUGGCUACACUGGAGCCACCUGCCAUAGCUCUAUCUAUGAGCAGUCAUGUGAAGCAUAUAAACACAGAGGAAAUACCUCAGGGUUUUACUAUGUAGAUUCUGAUGGAAGUGGCCCUCUGGGACCAUUUCUUCUCUUUUGCAACAUGACUGAAACGGCAUGGACCAUCGUACAGCACAACGGCUCUGACUUAACAAGAGUCAGAAAUACUCACCCAGAGAACCCAUAUGCUGGGUUUUUCGAGUACAUGGCCAGCAUGGAGCAACUCCAGGCCACAAUUAACCGUGCGGAGCACUGCGAACAGGAGCUUGCUUACUACUGCAAGAAGUCACGGCUUGUAAGUCAGCAAGAUGGCACCCCUUUGAGCUGGUGGGUUGGAAGAACCAAUGAAACACAGACUUACUGGGGAGGUUCUGUGCCUGACCCUCAAAAAUGUACUUGUGGCUUGGAAGGGAACUGCAUUGAUGAUCAAUAUCACUGCAAUUGUGAUGCUGACCGGAGUGAAUGGACCAAUGACACUGGAUUCCUUUCUUAUAAAGAACAUCUGCCAGUAACUAAGAUAGUAAUAACAGACACGGGGCGGCCCCAUUCAGAAGCAGCUUAUAAACUGGGGCCUCUACUCUGCAGAGGAGACAAGUCAUUUUGGAAUUCUGCUUCCUUCAAUACUGAGGCUUCAUACCUUCACUUUCCUACUUUCCAUGGAGAACUUACUGCGGAUGUGUCUUUCUUUUUUAAGACAACAGCUUUAUCUGGUGUAUUUUUAGAGAACCUGGGAAUCACUGACUUUAUAAGAAUAGAGCUAUGCUCUCCAACAAUAGUGACCUUUUCAUUUGAUGUGGGAAAUGGGCCUUUUGAAAUCUCAGUGCAGUCACCCACCCAAUUCAAUGACAACCAGUGGCAUCACGUUAGAGUUGAAAGGAACAUGAAGGAGGCCUCCAUUCAAGUGGACCAGCUGUUGCCAAAGGUCCAGCCUGCUCCGGCCGAUGGCCAUGUCCUUUUACAGCUCAACAGCCAGCUCUUUGUGGGUGGGACGGCCACGAGACAGAGAGGCUUUUUGGGCUGUAUCCGGUCGCUGCAAUUGAACGGGAUGGCCCUGGAUCUGGAAGAAAGAGCCACGGUGACUCCAGGGGUGCAACCAGGUUGUCGAGGACAUUGCAGCAGCUACGGGAAGUUGUGUCGCAAUGGAGGGAAGUGCAGAGAAAAGCCCAGUGGGUUCUUCUGUGACUGCUCUUCCUCUGCCUACACAGGGCCUUUCUGCUCCGACGAGAUUUCUGCGUAUUUUGGAUCUGGCUCAUCAGUGAUUUACAAUUUUCAAGAAAAUUACUCCUUAAGCAAAAACUCCAGCUCCCAUGCUGCUUCAUUUCAUGGUGAUAUGAAGCUGAGCAGAGAAAUGAUUACAUUUAGCUUCCGAACAACAAGAACACCAAGCUUACUGCUGUAUAUGAGCUCCUUUUACAAAGAAUACCUUUCAGUUAUCAUUGCCAAAAAUGGAAGUUUCCAAAUAAGGUACAAGCUAAGCAAAUAUCAAGAACCUGAUGUUAUUAACUUUGAUUUUAAAAGUAUGGCUGAUGGGCAACUUCACCACGUAAAGAUUAACCGAGAAGAAAGGAUGGUCCUUGUGGAGAUUGAUGAGAAUACAAGGAGACAAAUAUACCUGUCCUCAGGUUCCGAAUUCACUGCAGUCAGAUCUCUGAUAUUGGGCAAGAUUUUAGAGCACAGUGAUGUGGACCAGGACACGGCUCUGGCGGGAGCACAGGGCUUCACUGGCUGCCUCUCUGCGGUGCAGCUCAGCCACGUGGCCCCGCUGAAGGCUGCCCUGCGCUCUGGCCACCCAGCAGCUGUCACCGUCACUGGGCACGUGACCGAGUCCAGCUGUGUGGCCCCUGCUGGCACUGAUGCCACAUCAAGGGAAAGAACACAUUCAUUCACAGAUCAUUCUGGAACAAUGGAUGACAGGGAACCCCUCACUAAUGUAAUCAAAAGUGACUCAGCAGUAAUUGGAGGCCUGAUAGCUGUUGUGAUCUUUAUCUUGCUUUGCAUCACUGCCAUAGCUGUUCGCAUUUAUCAGCAGAAAAGGUUAUACAAAAGAAAUGAGGCAAAAAGGUCAGAGAAUGUAGACAGUGCUGAAGCUGUUUUGAAAAGUGAGCUUAAUAUACAAAAUGCAGUGAAUGAAAAUCAGAAAGAGUACUUCUGAUGGGCAGCUGUGAUGUAACUUAUACUGAUGACAGUCUGUUUUAAUAGCCGGGGGCUUUGGAAUGGACAAGAACUGUUCUUACCCUGAAUGUACAGGCGAUGGAUUUGCAGCACAGCCGUCUUGGCGUGUCCAGGCUCGGAUGGCUCCGGGAGGCCUCAUCCAGUGACAUUCUCCUCAUGGCAGUCAUUCUGUGUAACAAUGAAUUAGAUAUUGCUGUUAAUUUCCAGCUGUUCUGACAUGAUCUAUAACCAGUUUAACUUGCUCAGUGACUACAGUUUUUAAAUGUGAAAACUGUAGCCCCAGUCUCUUCACUGUGUAAUACAUAAGUUUUGUUAGAGAUAAAAAGUCAAAAUUGGACUCUAAUGACCUUGCUUUGUUUGAGAACAUAUGCUGCGUUUGCUUUAGUCUUCCCAUGGUGUUGUUCAUAGACCUGGAAACGCUUCUAAGAUCCUGUUUGGCUGGUGUUUGCAUCUUCAGUGGCCAAAAGUAUAUAAAGCCCCUUUGCCUUUCUCUGUAUUACAUUCAAUACAUCAGUAGUCUGGAAAAAUGUUUUGUUGUCUUUGGCUUGUUUGUAUUGCUCUUUUUCUAUUUGACUCUUCUUAAUGAUUUUGGAUACAUUUGGUUUUGAGUGUCUGAUUUUACCUUUGAACAUACAAUUCAUUUGUAAAAAGAAUCAAAGUGCAGUGGUUGUCCAUAUGUGAUGUCUUACCUUUAAAAGUUUUCUAUUUUAUUUGUUAUCAUUGUUUGAUGGUGACAGUAGUUAAGACCCGAGUAAUUCCAAUUUCCCAAAGACUGUAAAAUGUUUUCAAUUAAACUUGUUGAUUAUAUAGAAAAAAAUUCUUAACACAGCAAAAAUUAUUUUUAAUUACACUUGUAAUACCUCGAAUGAAAUAUACUUCUGAGAAUAUUUUCCUUGAACCAUAUGUCAGUUUCUUGUAGGUUUAUAUUUCUGUUUUUCUACAGGUUAUCAUGAACUUUUCUUUGAUCUCCCAUGACUAUAUUCCAUGUAGUAUCUUCUUAUAUAUUAGAAAAAAAUGAAACAAGUUGAACUACAGAGCCCCAUUUCUCAUGCUAAAAAUGUAACAUAUGUACCCCUUCAGGCAUGGACCUCCAAUACAUACUGUUUGAAAUAUGAGCUGCACCACGCCCCUUUCUCUGCACAACCGGUGCACUAAUUAAAGGGUGCUCAUUGUAAGGGAAGAUAGUGCACUGUAUAACCCAUACUAAACCUCUCCUUCUAGUUACUUCUUAUGUAGAAUGAUUAAUUUCUCAGAAAGUACCAACAAUCAAUGAAAUCCACUAACUAGUGCAUUCUGAUUAGAGUGAUCAGAAUGAUUAGGAGAUUGAGGAAUUGUCAAUAACCUUAUAGAACUGUUACAAUAAUUCAUUCUGAAGCCAUGUAAACAAGAUACUUGCUUGGAACUAUCUCUGUAUCCCAUGAGACAAUUCAAUAAUAAAGGCACUUUGCUGUCCACGUGCACAACUCCAAGUGCCUCCCAAGUAAAAAUCAGAUUCUUUAGUCUGUAUAUACUAGGAAGUUUGAAAAUAUGUAAAUUUAUCAUUACUAUUGUCUUAUUUUCUAUGUUUUCCUUAUUAACACUUAGAAAACUUGGCUGUCUUUUCUCACAGAACUAUAUCCAUAUUGAUGUUUCUGUAAUGCCUGACUAAAUCUGAAGGACCUGAAUUAGCAUAACAGUUCAUGAAGGACCUAUGUUAGUAAAUGGUGUACAUUUUUUAAAAAAAAAUUGGAAGACCUGUGGUGACAAGGGCAAGAUUUAACAUAGAAAUGGCAGUAUCUGUUCAAUGUAAAGAUGAAUGCAGCCAUUAUCACAGCUCUGAAUCUCUUCCCAGUGUUUUUUUUAUUUAGUGGCAGCAUUAACCUUGUUGGUAGCUAGAAGGUAGUAAGGUUUGCAGAUGGUGAAGCCACAUAGUCCUCUGACGUUUGCAUUGCUAAAGGAAUGCAAAAAUGCAUUCAAAAUGCACAGACACAUUAUAGACUAUGGUUUUGAUUUGCUGAUUUGUAAUCAAUUCCUUUCUUUUUUUUCUUAAUAAAAUGCAUUUUGAAAUAAAAUGCAGAAUAUAUUUUAAGAGAUGUUGUAUUAAAGUUUAGCAGAGAAUUAUACUGGAUUUCUUUUUCUUAAAACAGUGAAAAGGUGUAUAGAUGUAUGCCUUCUUUACUUGUGUGUGUGUGUGUGCACAUGUGCCUGUGUGUUUAAUCCUUUUGAAAGAUUUUGUGAUUAUUGUGAACCAUUAACUAAUGCUGCAGUUAUGUAUUUUUCCUUUUAAAUGGGCCAAAAAAUGAAAGGAAAAUACAAAAAUGUUUGCUGAUUGUAAUAAGUAAAGUCAAGUUACAGUAGAUUUAAAAUUUUGCCAGAGAACAAUGAUGUGGCUGUCAGCAAUUGUUUGUGGAAAGGUUACUCUGUAUUUAAAUUGGAUGAUGUCUUUUUAUUCUUUUUUCUUCUCCAGUGAGCUUGGCCAGUGAACAC